AUGAGUGUCUUGCCCUGGCCCGCGCUCUCUCCGAGCUCCUCCAAGAGCUUUCGUAGCAGCAGCCACCCGGUGCUUCAGCACCUUGUCGCCCUCGGCUUGACGACUGUGUUUGCUACUAUCACAGGUCGACCGUCUGCUACGAGCCAUUGCUUCUUUGGGCGACACCUCGACGUCGGCGAGAUGUACACCACCGCCUGCAGCGAACCGAGUGGACUUCACGUCUUCCUCGCCGUUCCGCUCAUCUACCUCAUAUUCUUCUUCGUCGCUCGUUGGGUCGGCACACCGUCCCGAGCGCCUACGCCCUAUCAAUCACUGCCCCGCGACGCCUUCCAUGAAACCAAGCCCAUCAUCGUUUGCGAGCCUGCCCCACCCCCCAAACGUGUCGCAUCCCAGCCGGCCGCACAGGAGAACCGCACGGGAGCCGCAGAAGGCGAGAAGCCAUACCGCCUGGCAACAGGGUCUCCCAGCUCCAGCCCUCCGCAUUCACCCACAAGCAGAACGCCGUGCAGAUGCGCCGUGUGCAGAGUACGGAUGCAGUCAGGCGUCCGUGGUUCCUGGCAUACCGUGCGGCCGCCAUCUCCCAGGGAGACGCUUAGACCGGGAAGGGAACGGUUUGUGGCCUGA